AUGUCCGGUGAAGCAUGGCUGUACCUCCUCUCGGUAUUACUCAAUGCCGUCAACCUAUUCCUUCAGGUCUUCUUUACUAUCAUGUACUCGGACCUAGAAUGCGAUUACAUCAAUCCCAUCGAUCUAUGCAACCGCCUCAACACCUACAUCAUCCCUGAAGCUGCCGUGCACGGAUUUCUCACUCUGCUAUUCCUCAUCAACGGAUACUGGGUUGCACUGGUCCUGAACUUGCCGUUGUUGGCAUUCAACAUCAAGAAAAUCCUCGACAACGCGCACCUUCUCGAUGCAACGGAAAUCUUCAGGACCCUGAACAAGCACAAGAAGGAAUCUUUCAUCAAGCUCGGUUUCCAUCUCGUAAUGUUCUUCUUCUACCUUUACAGCAUGAUCGUCGCCCUCAUUCGCGACGAGACCAACUAA